AUGUCUCUAAAUCAGUUUUAUAUUGAAUUGCCAAAGAUUGAACUACAUGCUCAUAUUAAUGGUAGUUUAAGUCCUACUACCCUGUAUAAAUUAGUUGAAAGAAAGAAAAUAGAUAAACCUGAAUUAGCUAAUUUUAAAAUUCCUGAAUCCCUCGAAAAUAUUGAUGAUUUCUUUCCAUUAUUUCAUUUCAUUUAUCAACUUACUGACGAUGAAGAAAGUGUUCGGAUGGCAACACGUGAUAUUAUUUAUGAGUUUGCGAGAGAUGGUGUAAAAUAUUUAGAGUUAAGAACAACACCAAGAAAGAAUGAUGAAACAGGCAUGACAAAGAAAUCCUAUAUUGCUGCAGUUUUAUCUGCAAUCCAGGAAACACAAAAAGAAAAGGAGAUUGACAUUAUUGUUAAACUUAUUCUAUCCAUUGAUCGUCGAAACGAUUUAAAGGAAGCAGAAGAGGUCGUAGAUUUAGCUGUUGCUUUCAGGGACACAAAUAACAUUGUAGGUAUUGAUCUUUGUGGUGAUGUAAGAGCAGGGCUUUUUGAAAAUUUGAAACCUGCCUUUAAGAGAGCUAAAGAAAAGUAUGGUUUUCCUAUCACUUUACAUUUUAAUGAAGUACAAGAAAACUUGAUGGAGGCGCCCUCUUUAUUAUCAAUUCAACCAGAUCGCUUAGGUCAUGCAACAAUACUAAAUGAUUAUUGUCGAAGGAUGAUAUAUGACCAAAAUAUCCCUAUUGAAAUCUGUAUGACAUCUAAUAUCUUAUGUAAGACGGUCCCUAAUUAUGAGGUACAUCACCUUAAAGAACUCUUCUAUGAUAAUCAUCCAUUUAUUAUAUGUGUAAAGUGA